ACAGUAGACAAAUUGAAGACUGUGAGGGUCAGAACCUGCCACGGAGGGAGAGAGAGCAGUGGCCGGAGUCGGAGCCUCUUCACCGCCGCUGUUCUGACGGGAAACUCAUCUUCAUCAUUCUCACCACAGUUUCUCUCACCUCCGGGUUCAUCGUCCAUCGCUGCCGCGGCAGGGCCAUCAUUUCCGGCGACAGUAGCGGCAGGGCAAUCGUCGCUGUCGUUAGGCGUCAAGCGCAAGCACCAUUACACCAGAGUGUGACUUUGCUGCUUUUCUUUCUGAUAAGAGAUGGGCAACGGUCCGGCCCCAUUUUCAGAUAUUGGCAAAAAAACAAGAGACCUCUUGAACAAAGAUUACAAUUUUGAUCACAAGUUUACCCUGUUGAUGCAGAGCCCUGGUGGAAUGGGAGUUACGGCUACAGGUUGGAAGAAGGAUCAAAUCUUUUUUGGUGAUGUUAGCACCUUGUACAAGAGUGGAAAUACUACUGUUGAUCUGAAACUUGAUACCCAUUCUAAUGUGUCUACAAAAGUGACUGCCCAUGAUAUCUUGCCAUGUACCAAAGUAGCAUGUAGCUUCAAAAUUCCUGACCACAAAUCUGGCAAGCUGGAUGUGCAGUACCUUCAUCCUCAUGCUGCAAUCGAUUCCAGUAUUGGCUUGAACCCAACCCCUCUUUUAGAGCUUUCGGCUGCAAUUGGCAGCAAGGAUCUCAGUUUGGGUGGUGAAGUUGGAUUGAAUACUGCUUCUGCUUCAUUCACAAAGUACAAUGCUGGGAUUGGCAUUAACAAGCCUGAUUUUUCAGUUGCAGUUUUGCUGACGGACAAAGGAGAGACACUGAAGGCAUCUUACAUUCAUUCUGUGAAUCCUCCUUAUGGUGGAACUACAGUUGCUGCUGAGCUGACACACAAAUUUAACACCUACGAGAACAGCUUUACCAUUGGAAGUGCUCAUGUGGUUGAUCCUUACACCAUGGUGAAAACAAGAUUGUCGAACAACGGGAAGUUUGCUAUGCUAUGCCAGAGAGAGUGGAGACCUAAAUCACUGAUAACUGUUUCAGGAGAAUAUGACCCGAAGGCUAACAAUGGAGCUACCAAGUUAGGUCUUGCCCUUGCUCUCAAACCUUGACAUUGGUAACGGCCUUUCUCUUGUUUGAUGCUUUGCAUUGAUUGCUUUGAUCCUUUUACAAUUUUUUCAGUCCCUGAUAUAGGGUUUAUGCUUUACUCGACAUAACGUUGGGAACAAAAUUUUAGUGGCUGUACUGAUGAAUGUGUUUAUGAAGCACUUGUUGGGUAAGUGAGCCCAAUUUUGAAACUUUCCACAUAAAUGAUCAUCACAUCGAAACAUUUUUUCCCUGAA